AAUAAAAGGAAAUCGGCCGGCCAACUUUCGGAGUUACUGUGAAGACAGAACUCCGAUCGUGAAGCUCUACGAGAUGGGAACUGGGCUCAGCUCAGGAAUGGGCCAACCGUGUUUACGUAGGGGACACAAUUCGGAAAUUGAAAGCGGAGAUGAUGAUGCUUUGUGACUGCAUCGAGCGACUCUUUAGUGUAAGCGGAGAAGAUUUCUUCUUAAGCUGCCUUCUUCUUGCAGUGUUGCGUUGAAGAAACAGUGUCUUGGGUCUGAGGAAAGUGCAACCUACGUUAUGGUCCUUUUGAAAACCGUAAUUCAAGGAGCAACAAUUGCAGCAGUCAUCAGCUACAUGGCGAUGAUGACGAAUAUGUUUAAAAGUAACUACUUUUCAAAAAUGCAAAGGGUGUGUAUAUUGAGAUAAAAUUCGAGAUAUUUCUUGUUAAGACUUAUGACCUAAAUCUGUAGAAACACUGACAGCUCAGGGAGGAUUGUUACAACCGAUAUAAUGGAUUUCCUACCUUUAGUCAUUUCCCAACAAUAAAUGAUAUAACUUAAGGUGAAUAAGUGGUCAGAAAAAAUACAGCAGUAAACAAUUAUCAAUUAUCCCUUAUUUAAGCAUUAUUUCGAAAAUUUAAAUUCUGUAAAUCUGCGCAAUUAACCAAAAGGCAACGAUAUAAAACAUUUUUCCUCACUCACUCACCAAAGUCUCGGUACUCUUCGUCACUACGCGAGCUACAGCCAGAGUAACUUUUGGUUUCAAUUGCAAAAAUAUUUAAAAAUUGGCCGCUAAUUUGUAACAGCUAAUGACGAACAUAUUCCAAACUCUCUCACGACUCGAUUUGAUCAGCAAGCCAUUCAAGCGAUCACUAGACAGCAAUUACCAUGCAAUUACUGCAAAUUUGGGCUAAUCCUCGUCAUGAAUCAGUUCAUCAGCUGGUUACUAUUGAGUUCAAAUAAAUCGCUUGUUCUGUGGCAAUCGAAUGGGUGGCGCUGGCGGAAAACUUCUUGGACUACUGCUGUGUUUGCAAUGUCUGACAGAGUUGCAUGGAGUCUUUAUAAGGUUCACCAAUGUAACCUGCGAAAGCAAGGACCUCACCAUGAGUAUCGUGGAGUACUGUGCGGUUACUACGCUGAGCAAGAAUAAAAACAGCAUUAGCCUUCGGUACGCUAUGCUCAAGCCUGUGUUUAGAAAUAUAGAGAUUUACCUUCAGCUGAUGACCAGGGGCAGUGAGAGUAUGAACGCCGUUUCAAACUGGCAGCCCUUCCUCUAUACGAUGAAACUUGAUUUGUGUCGAUUCUGGAAAAACCACCACAACUAUUUGGCCAGGAUGGUGUUUGAGUUCAUCGAUGGGCACACGAACAUGAACCACACUUGCCCCUACACGAAAGAAAAAUACAUUUCCAUUGAUGGUGUAACAAAUACCGAAGUCUCCGCCAAGAUCCGUGGAGUGCCAAUGCCAAAGGGUUUCUACGCCUUGUUCACCAAGUGGUCCACUGAUAACAUAACUCGGGUUCUGACCAACUAUUACUUUGAAGUUAUCAGCCCUUGAUGUUUAUAUACCACUGAAAAAAAUGAUGAGAAGCAAAAAGAUGUUCUAUGAAUAAAAAUUCAUGAAAAUUGUCGAUUGGUGGUGAUAAUGGUAAAAAAAAAAGCUUAAUGCAUAGAUUUCGGUUAAAGAG